CUCGAGCUUCCCUCUCCUCCUCUGACUCACCUUUUAAAAUUCCUUCGCCGCCGCGCCACGCAGACCCGCACCGCGCGCGCACACAAACCCUCCGCCUCGCAAGUCGCAACAGAGCAGCGGCGGCAGCAACGACGCCACCGCACCCAUUCCACGACGCCGUAAACCGCAAUGGGGAACAGCCUCGGGGGCAAGCGCAAGGGCGCCAAGGUGAUGCAGCUGGACGGCACCUCCUUCCGCGUCAAGCCCCCGGCGGCCGCGGCCGACGUACUGCGGGACCACCCGGGCUUCCAGCUGCUCGAGUCCGAGGAGGUCAAGCUCCUGGGCGCACGCGCGCGCCCGCUCGCCUCCGACGCGCCGCUCCGCCGCGGCCGGCUCUACUUCCUCGUUGCGCUCCCUCGCCGCGCGCCCGCAGGUCCCAUGCGCCGCGCCUGGUCGGGCAACCUCAACGUCGGGGCCCGCGAGCGUCUCGAGUCGCUCAAGCUCGCGCGCCGCUCCACCUCCGACCUCUCCUCGCUUUCCGCCCACGCCUCCGCGUCGGCCCCCACCUCCCCGCUUCCCGGCGGCGCCGCCUCCCCUCUUCCUCCCACCGGCAGCGGCGCCACGCCCGUGCGCGUUAAGAUGCGUCUUCCCAGGGCGCAGGUGGAGAAGCUCAUGGGGGAGAGCAAGGACCCAGCCGAGGUCGCCGCCAAGAUCAUGGAGCUAUGUGGCGCGGCCGUGUGCGACGCGCACGCCAGCGCUCGGGUCAUCCCGGAGCGCCCGCCCGGGAUACUGCGGAGCCAAAGGUUCGCCAAGACGCCGGAAUGGGGCGCCGGGUUCAUGCUGCCGGCGGCGGCGGCGGCCAAGACGCCGCAGCGGUGGCCCACGCUGCCACGCACCAACGAGAAAAAGGCACGGUUCGUAGAGUUGCCGGACGAGCUAAUAAUAGCGUGAUUCUGUACUUCCCUGAAGCGAGUUAACACUUCUUUUUUUUUUUUUUUACUGUCUCAAAGCAUGUUUGGUGAUUGUCAGACCAGGAGAUAAGGAAUUGUAAACUUAUCUGCAGUCGCUGCUGUAUUUGUUCUUCCCGCUUGCUCAUUUGAGCGAAACAAACAACUAUAUGGUUUGAAGAUGAGAAGCCGCCGAUGGCUUCCGAUUCACCUUCAUCCAGUGAUCUGACACCGUGUUAGACUGUCACCAAGUUUCCUUCCGCCUUCUCGAAUCUCUCCGUGUUCCUGUUGGCUUCU